CAAGAGGGAUCGUGUAUUUUUCCCCAAUUUUCUCAUCUGGGCCCGAGGCUUUUUGAGGCUCUCCGAUUGGGGUUAGGGCUUUCUUCAUAUCGCCGCCUCCUUUGCUUCGUUCGCCCAGAUUCUUCUUAUUUCUCGGACCCUUUUUUUCUCCGAAAAAUCCGGGGAUUUUGCAGCGGAAUUUCCAAAAAAGAGGAAUUUUAGGAAGGAUCUGGCAAGAGGAAUUCGUAAUUUAUUUAAAUUUUCCGAUGAGAUUUAAUAAGGGCCAGGAACAAGGAACUGAUUUCGACCCUAGGGUUUAGGGUGUUUCGAAAUCCUGCUCCUUGUUAGGGUUUUCGAGCUCGUUCUACUAGAUUCUCGAGAAAAGAGCAUAGUGCAAUCAUUCGUGGAUGGUUACUGGAUCUCCCUAGAGUAAAAGACUGAAAUAAUAGAGGUAGAAUCACAGGCGAUAGGGUGUAAAGUUUAAAUCUUGGGGUACAUGGAGGCGAGGUCCGAGCCGGGAACCAUGACGGCCGGGGAAUUAUCCGAUGCCGGCAAGCAGAGAAACCCAGCCCAAGCGCUGCCGUCGAUGUACACCAUGCGAUUAGUCACCUCUUCUGAUGGGACCGCAGUGUAUGAAUCCAUAAGCAGUAGCUCUCCUCCUCCACACCCAGGAGGAGGGGGAUGCGCUGACGGCAACUCGGUCGCCGGUGCACCGCAUGGCCUCGGUGUCAGCACCGGGGAGGCGUUCAAACGAAAGCGUGGACGGCCGAGGAAGUAUGGGCCCAAUGGUACCCUCGCCCUUCCGCUCACCACCGUGUCCCCGAGCGCGUCGGCUCCGCCGGCGGCUGCUGGGGGGUUCUCGCUUCCUUCCUCUGCUGCCGCCAGUGCUGCAGCGCAAGCCAUGAAGAAAGCAAGGGGUCGGCCGCCAGGUUCCAGCAAGAAGCAGCAAUUGGCAGCUCUGGGAUCAGCUGGAAUUGGUUUUACACCUCAUAUUAUUGCAGUCAAGAUAGGAGAGGAUGUUGCAUCAAAAAUUAUGGCAUUUUCACAGCAGGGACCACGUGCUGUUUGCAUUCUUUCAGCUAAUGGUGCUGUUUCGAAUGUGACUCUUCGUCAGGCAGCAACAUCUGGUGGAACAGUAACUUAUGAGGGUCGAUUUGAAAUCUUGUCACUCUCUGGCUCAUUCCUGCUGUCAGAGAAUGGUGGGCAGCGUAGCCGAACAGGGGGACUGAGUGUGUGUCUGGCUGGUCCUGACGGUCGCGUAUUAGGCGGAGGAGUGGCUGGGCUUCUAACAGCAGCAUCUCCUGUCCAGGUGAUAGCAGGCAGUUUUAUUGCUAAUGGGAAGAAUGAGACAACUCAGAUGAACACAUUGGAACCUAUAUCUGCCCCUGGAAAGCUUGCUGGUCCUGGUGGGGUUUCACAAGGUAGAAUGAGCGAGUCCUCUGAUAGUCCCGGGACCCCACUCAACCAGAGCAUGGGUACUUACGAUAACAGCAACCAGCAGGGCUUCUCAGACAUAACAUGGAAGUAACCGCAGUUCACACCCUCUGUAAACCUUAAAGCUUCAGAUAUCUUAAAAUCCUGUACUGCUACCUAAUUUGUGCCAUUUGUAACCAUAACUCGCAAACCCUAAACCCUUCGUCUUGUCUUCUAUAAUGCGCGCUUAGAUGUUGCUCAGCCAGGGGCAGUUGCAUCAUGGCAUAGCGAAAAUUGGACCUCUCAUGCAGUCUCUGUCCGCACCUCUCCCUAGAUUUGUCAUUAAGAAGUGACUGAAGAUGUUGUAUAAUGAUGUAUUAUGUGACCGAUAUUCAUUAUACUUGUUAAUUUCCCUGCAUAUUUUCUGUUCUUUCUUGUUUGGAUCAUUUCAAAUAUAGGCAGCAUUUUUCA